AUAGGAUCUUUGCCAAAGAUACCAGAGGAGCUCCUCUAGUAUCUUUGCCCCACGCAACACAAGUGCUGAGCAAAUGUAGCUAGUGAAACCAAAUAUACAAAAUGGGUGUUCCUUCCAGGCUUACGUCUGUUUUGGCUUGAAUAAAUAACAAAUCAAACCCAUGUCGGAGAGGAAUUGACAUCUGCACUAAGGCAAUCGAGCUGCAGCUGCAUCACUUUGGCUACAGCAGGAAUUGCAUUGAAUAGAACUACCCCACUAAAUGUUGAAAUAUGUCAUCAAAAGCAUUGGAAAACAUCGCAAACUUCAGGCAACUCUGCUUGGGCACAGCCAAGAUCUACCGCUCUUCCUUCCCAGAAAGGGCGACAGAGAAAGAUGUGAAAUACCUGAAGGAAACUCUGGGAAUCAAACUGAUCAUUGACUUUCGUGAACCCAAUGAAGAGGGUGACACACCAUAUCUUAGAGACACCUACAAAAGAGUUGUUGUCCGCGAAGUGGAACUUGAAAACAUGAAAGCAAAUUGCACCACAGGGCAGUUUCUGAUAAAGGACAUGCCUCAUGUGCACUUAGCCCUUGGUUUUGUUUCCAAGAAAUAUUAUCGUCUAUUGACAGAUGAUCAUAGGAAAGACCUGGUAGAGAGUUGUUCUCAGACCCCGAAGAAUAUCAUGCAAAAUAUAGCGAAAUGGGGUUUAAAGCAGAUGUACAAGGAUUUCAUUGACACCUCACAGACCUUCAUCUAUACAAUGCUGAAGUUGCUGAGUGAUCCGAACAAUGUCCCUGCUCUGAUCCAUUGCACGGCUGGGAAAGAUCGGACUGGGAUCGCCUCUGCCCUGAUUCAGUCCUGCGUGGGCUUUUCAAAGGAGUGUGUUAUCGAUGACUAUGAAGCCACCACAGAAGGCAUAAAGCCCAUUUAUGAUGAAAUCCGCAAACAUUACAAUGAAGUACAGGGAAUGGCUGAAGAGUUUUUGACUAGUGAACGAGAAACAAUGGCAUCAACUCUGGCCUACAUUGAUGAAAUGCAUGGAUCUGUGCAAGAAUAUUUGAUCAAAUGUGGAUUCAAUAGCCAGGAGCAAGAGAAGCUGAAGAGAAAUAUAAUAAUCACAAAGCCGCAGCAGCAGCAGCAGCAGGAUCAGCAGCAGUGUAUGUAGGAUCAAUCAGCUCAAGGAAUGAUUUGCAAGCCACAAUGUUGUUAUGGUUGAUUCAGAUAAGUCUUUAACUUUGACCACAAGUUUGUGAUUAAGUGGCAUUGGUUAUUUUCUCUGCAUCAUAUCCAUCCUUUAUUUGACUACUAAAAACUCUGUUAGUGUGAUGCCUUUUACUGCAUAGAUUUGAUCCACUGGUUUGGGAUAGCUGCCAUUACAAAAAAUAUAUAUUGUUUUCUGCAGCAUGAUGACACUAAACUCUGUAGUUUGUAAUCCAAAAAAAACUCAGGGCGAAUAGUAAAGUCUAGAUUAAACAUCCUUCAUGUCAAUGCACAUUGUGAUUUAACAUGCAAAAUUCCUUCUUAAAAUCAUUUGUGAGAUUAACUAACAAGUGUUCAGGAGCGACUUGUGUGAAACUUGUUGCUUGUCUCAUUUUCUGUGUAGCUUUAGUCAUUCCCAUAAAUCAUUAAUAAGAAGUUUACAAUCUACGCAAUUAAUUUGCCUUUUUUAUUUUAUCAAGGACUGUUUGCAGAGCUUAUUAUAAACGCAUUCAUGCUGAAAUAAACUUUGGUUUUUCAACCUG